GGUUUUCUCAUUCUUUGCUCGUUUAAUCUCUCUGAGAUUACAGUUUGUCUCGGAAUAUUGAACAUUCUUGAGGAAUUAUAUAUUUUCCCGUGGAUCGAAAUCGUCGAAAAUUUUGUUUCUCCAGCAAAGUCCGAGGCUGCUGGGUUUGCUCUCUAUUAAGGUUAGAGUGUUUUCUCCGGCAGGACUUACUCUGAUUUUGCUCCAAUGGAAAUGCAGGACCAUAUAGAAGGAAUAAAGUUGAAUAGCUCUGGCAAUGCUAGCAAUAACCAUUACAACAAUGGCACAAAAUCUGGAAAUGUUGACCUAUUGAAUGAUCAAACUCCUAAUGGAAACAGCCAUCCUCCUAAGGUGAGGAAACCAUAUACCAUUUCCAAGCAAAGAGAAAAGUGGACAGAGGAAGAGCAUCAGAAGUUCCUGGAGGCUUUGAAAUUGUAUGGUCGUGGUUGGCGACAAAUUGAAGAACACAUAGGUACAAAGACUGCAGUUCAGAUUCGAAGCCAUGCCCAGAAGUUCUUCUCUAAGGUUGCCCGGGAAUCUGAUGGCGCUUCUGAAAGUCCUAUAAAACCAAGUGAUAUACCUCCUCCUCGGCCAAAGAGGAAACCCCUACAUCCAUAUCCCCGUAAAUCAGUUGACUCUGGCAAAAGACUGUCCAUUGCAAAUGAAGCGCAAAGAUCCCAAUCCCCAAACCUGGCAGUUGCAGAGAAAGACACCCAGUCUCCGACCUCGGUCCUAUCUGCAUCUAAUUCAGAAGUGUUUGGAUCAGCAUCCCCAGAGCAGCCUAACAGAUGUCAAUCACCUAAUUCUUGUGCCACUGAUGUCCACUCAUCCAACUUAUCACCAUCACCCGUUGAAAAGGAAAAUGAUUGCAUGACAUUUGACUCUUCUGUGGAGGAAGAGAAGGGAUCUCUUGCUUCACUCUCUUUAUCUGCUGGUUUGAACUUAAAUGUGCUGUCAACGAAGUCUGAGUUGAGUUCCAAGGAUAUUGAAUCUUCUAUUGAAGAUGCUACCAACGUGGCCCAUAUUACAAGUAUUAAGCUGUUUGGAAGAACUAUUCAGAUGGUAGAUAAUCAGAAGUUACUUGAUGUAGAUGGGGAGAAUAUCAAGGCAAUUGCAAGCAAGUCUGAUCAUGUAGAUGACGUUGAGAACGAAAAGCUUGGCCAAUCGUGGGCGAUCCAGCCAACUAGAUUAACAACUAUCACGAGACAGGAUGACAGAGAAGGACACUUCCUGUACUGGUUCGAAUGCUGGAACUGGCUGUGAAAUGGACAAUGGAGACAGGAACUCAGAUGCUGAUGAUUCUCAAAGCCAGUUGUCUCAUCGGGAGGGAGAAAAUGUACCCCGCAGAGAGCCUCCAAGAGGUUUUGUACCAUAUAAAAGAUGUUUGGCCGAGAGAGAUGCAAAUUCAGCUUUUGUUGCAUUGGAAGGGACGAAGGGGCAACGAGCUAGGGUAUGCUUAUAGCUUACAGGUGUAUACCUAGAGGUCCGUUUUUGGCCUGAAAAUUUGCCCAGGUCAUAGAGGAACUAAUUUUAUUAGGUGAUACCUAAUUGAGAAACUUAUUUACAAUUCUUUUUUCUCAAAUAUCUCCUGCAUGUCAGCAGCCACCUGCUCUGUAUAAUGUCUACCUUGGCAUAUCUUAAUGUAAUCAUAUAAAUUGCCACCUCAAGAAAUUGGACACCUGGAUUCGUUUCUGUUUGGCAGUUUUUGGCCUAUGCAUAAUGAAUUUCAGGUACUUGUCUGGCUUCCCUCUGA